AUGACUGUCACGUCUAGAGGGCGUGAGAUGAUCGCCAUCGUCUCGGUACUGGUGGGCGUCUCCUUGAUCUCGGUUAUCAUGCGUGUGAUUGCGCGGUUGAAGCGAAGAGUCAAGUUCGGUAUCGACGAUUAUCUCUGCUUUCUCUCGAUGGGGCUUCUCCUGGCAAUGUUGAUUGAACUGGUUUUAUGGGUGACAAUUGGAGGCAACGGUGCCCACAUGGACGAUCUAGAUACAAAGACUAUCAUGAACUUCUCCAAGAUCUUCCUCGCCAACCAAUUCACCUACUUCGUUCUCUGCCCCGCCAUUAAAAUCUCCAUCAUCUGCUUCUACCGCCGCAUUUUCACCAUGCGUUCCUUCCAACUGACCACUCUCGGCCUCAACAUCCUCAUCACCCUCUGGGGAACCGGCAUCUUCCUUGCCUGCGCCCUCCAAUGCCGGCCUCUGCGCGGCUACUGGGACAAGAGCGUCGACGGCCACUGUUUCGACGCCAACAAGUUCUUCAUCGUCAACCAGGUCUUUAACGUCCUAAUGGACUUCGUCAUCUUGGCCCUCCCCAUCCCCAUGAUCUGGAACCUCCAGCGUGCCUGGCAGGACAAGCUCGCGCUCAACGGCGUCUUCGCUCUCGGCGCCUUCGUCUGCUUCGCCAGUAUCUAUCGAAUCGUCGUCCUCUUCUGGAUGGAUCCCAGCGACACCACGUACACCGUCUACCAGGCCACUCUGUGGACGCACAUCGAGCCCUCUAUCGGCCUCAUCUGCUCGUGCCUCCCCAUCGCUAGAGGCUUGUUCCCGCGCUUCAAGAUACCGGGAAGCCGCAAGUACGCCACCGCGCCGUACUACAUCAACACCGACGUCAGCACCUCGCACUUUGUUGUCUCCAGCCCCAAGUCUCCUCCCUCGGACUACUUCAAGAUGGACGAUGUCUCACGCGCCACCAGUGCCACCAACGUCCCCGACGCAGAGUGCAACAAGUAUCUGGGCCCCAUGGAUAUUCAGGUGCGCACGGAUAUCGAUAUCAAGCAGGACGCGGCGUCGAUGCGAUCUCAGCGUUGA